AUGCUUAGAAGCUCUUAUCAAAAUGAUAAACAUAGUUGCGUUAAUAUCAAAGUAAUAGUUCGGUGCAGACCUUUAAAUGAGAAAGAAAAAAAUGAUAUAAAUAAUGAAGAGGUAGUUAAAAUUAAUAAUAAUGAAGUUAUAUUAACAAUUAAUAGAAGUAACGAAAUCUAUGAAAAAAAAUAUAGUUUCGAUUAUGCUUGUGAUAAAAAUGUUGAUCAAAAGACAUUAUUUAAUAAUUAUAUUUUUCAAAUCGUUGAUGAGGUAGUAGAAGGAUUUAACUGCACAUUGUUUUGUUAUGGACAAACCGGAACUGGAAAAACAUAUACUAUGGAAGGAAAAAUUCUAGAACAUUUAAAAAAUAAUGAAAAUAAAAAAGUAGAUUUAAAUGAUAGUAUAAAUAGUGAUAUAAAUUAUUAUUACGAACUAUGUGAUAAUGAUGAUACUGGAAUAAUUUUUAGAGUAGCAAAAAGGAUAUUCGAUAUAUUAAAUAAUAGAAAAGAAAAAUCAAUAAAAAAGGAAAGAGGAUUAUAUGAAACUUAUAAUUAUAAUGAUCACAAUAAUAAUAUAAAUGAUGAUAUAAAUAUUGAAAAUAAAAAAAAAAAAAUUAAGCAAUCUGACAUUACAGGAUUUGAUAAAAUAACAGAACCAUACAAUAGAGAAAAAAGAAAAGAUACAAACAGUCCUUUAUUAUCAAACAGAAAUAAAAUAAUUGAAGAGGAAAAUAAAUUCACAAAUAAACAUUAUAAUAAUAUUAACGAUAUAAUUAUUAGUAAUAAUGAAAAAAGUAGUUUCGAUUUUAAUAUAAAAGUAAGUUAUCUAGAAAUAUAUAAUGAAGAAUUAUGUGAUUUGUUAAGCUCAAAUACUGAAACAAAUCAUAAAUUAAGAAUAUAUGAAGAUAUAUCAAAUAAAAAUAAAGGUUUAAAUGUAGAUAAAUUAGAAGAAAAAUCUAUUAAUUCAUUUGAGGAAAUAUAUUAUAUUAUAUGUUCUGCAAUAAAAAAAAGAAGAACAGCAGAAACAUCAUAUAAUAAAAAAUCAAGUAGAAGCCAUUCGAUAUUUACAAUUACAUUAAUUAUGAAGGAUUUAAAUAAUGAAGGCGAAAGUAUUACAAAAAUUGGGAAACUUAAUUUAGUUGAUUUAGCAGGGAGCGAAAAUGCAUUAAAAAACUCAUAUGGAAAUAUAAAAAUAAGACAACAAGAAUGUUGUAAUAUUAAUCAAUCAUUACUUACAUUAGGGAGAGUUAUCAAUGCAUUAAUAGAAAAUACAUCAUAUAUACCAUAUAGAGAUUCAAAAUUAACAAGACUAUUACAAGAUUCAUUAGGUGGAAAAACUAAAACAUUUAUUGUUGCAACUAUUUCUCCAUCGUCUUUAUGUAUUGAUGAAACAUUAAGUACAUUGGAUUAUGUAUUUCGAGCUAAAAAUAUAAAAAAUCGUCCAGAAAUUAACGUUAAAACAACUAAACAAUUAAAAAUAAAAGAUUUAAAUAAUGAAAUUGAAAAACUAAAAAAUGCUCUAAAUCUUAAUCGUGAAAGAAGAGGUGUAUAUCUUGAUAAUGAAGAAUAUAAUAACAUUCAAAAUUCUCUUAAAAAAAAUAAAGAAGUUAUUUUAGAAAAAGAAAAAAUAUUAUUUGAAAAAAGUAAAAAGAUUAAAACGCUGUUAAAUAAAAUGGACUAUUCUGAUGAUGUUCAAAAUCAAGUUAUACAAUUUUUAAAACAUGUUCUUUUAAAAUAUAAAAAUAUUCAAUCAUUAUAUGAUAUAUUUAUUAAUAAAAUUGUUGAAGAAAAAUAUGUUAAUAAAUUUUUAAUUGAUCAAUUUGAUAUUCUUAAAAAUUAUUAUUAUGAUAAUAUUUAUUUAUUUGAAGAAAAAUAUAAACUUAUUUCUGAAAUUGUUCGUCAAAACUUUGAUCAAAUUAAACAAAAAAUAAAUAAUGACAAUAUUUUUUUCAAUGACACUUGUAAUAACUCAUUAAAAAUAUUGUUGCAAAUAAAAAAUAAUAUUGAAGAUAAUAAAACAUUUUUUUUGAAAUCUAUUAAAGGUUUUGAACAGUUAAAUAAUGAUUUACAUUCUAAAAAAAAUGACAUUCUUAAUUUUUUUUUACAAAGUAUAGAUAUUAUUGAAAAAUCGGAUAAAAAUACAUUAAUUAUUUUUGAAAAGGUUAAAAAUAAAUUGUUGGAAUGUAAAAUCAAAUCAAAUACAAGCCCUAAAAACCGUUAUGACCAUUUAUUAAUUGCUCAAAAUUUAUUGAAAAAUGAAAAUAUGGCAAUUAAUGAUUUUUUUCUUUAUAUUAACAAUAAUAUUGUCUUAGAUUCUAUCCAAUCAAAUGUAAAUCAAAUUGAAAAGGAAAAUUUACAAAAUGAAGGAAAACAAUCAAAUGUGUGUGCAAAAGAUGAGAAUAAUAUCAUUAAUGAAACUAUGUUAAUUGCUUAUCAAAAAAAUUUUAAAAUUUUAGAAAAUUUUAUUUUUAACGAAGAAGGUAUUGAAUUAGUAAACAAAAUAUCCAACGACUUAUCAAAAGAAAAAUGUAGUAUUAAAAAUAUUGUUGAAUAUAUUAAAAAUAUAAGCGAUUUAUUUCAUCUUUUUUUAAAAUCAUCAAGUUUAUGCUUUAAAAAAAAUAUUAAAGACAAAGAAGAAUUUUUUUUAAAUGAAGAAAAAAAAUUAAAAGAAAUAAUUAAAAAAUAUUAUGAACAAUAUAAUACAUAUGAAAUUGAAAUUAAUGAAAAAAAAAAUCAAAUUAUACAAAAUUAUAAAGAAAAAAUAAAUGAAGACGUUAAAAAUUUUGAGCAAAAUGUUUUAAAUGAAAUAAAAAAUAUAAUAAAUAAAAAUAUUACAAUUUUAAACGAAAAAGUAAAUAACAAAAUUGAAGCACUUAAUGAUAAAUUACAAGAACAGGUUGGUAUUAAUAAACAUAAAGAAUUAUAUACAAAUUCAUUAAAAUAUAUGGAAACAUUUUUUUACAAUUAUAAUAAAAAUUAUGCAAAUUAUGAUAAAGAAUAUGAUAAUUUUAAUAAUAAAUUUGAUAAUAAAAUAAAUCAAUAUAAUGAUUUGUUUCAAAAUGUUAUGUCUGAUAUGAAUAUUCAAUUAAAAAAUAAUGAAAAUAAAAUUAAAAAUAAUAUAAUAAAUAUUAUUACUAUUUAUGAACAAAUUAUAAAUAACAAUACUCGAAAUGUUGAUAAAAUAACUGAAUAUUUUGAUAAUUAUACUAAUCAAAGUUUAAUUGAAAAGGAAGAACAUUAUAAAAAUAUAUCAAAUCAAAUUUUACAAGAAAAAUUAUACUUUGAAAAUGCUGAAAAAAUGUAUCACAUUUUUAGUAAAAAAUGUACUGAAAACAUUUUAACAUAUAAUAAAGAAUUUCUUCAAACUUUGGAUAAUUGUAAAGGAAAUAUAAAUAAAAUUGUAGAUAAAAUUAUAAAUCAAAAUUAUUUUCAAAAUUUAACCAAUAUACCAGAUUCUAUGACUAAAGAUAAAAUUGAAAUUAAAAAUAUAAAUGAAAAUAUUAAAGAUAUACGAAAUGAAAUUAAAAAUAAACAAGCAUUGACAAUUGAUGAUAUAAAUAUGACUAAUAAAGAAUCUAUAAAUAUUGAAAAUAAUAAUGUUAAUCCUUUUGACAACAAUGAAUAUACACAAUUCGAGAAAAAAAAUGAAAAUAAUGACAAUUAUUUAGACAUAAAAAAUUCGACUCUAAAAGAAUUAGAAAACGAAAUUAAUUCUAAAAAUAUUGAUUUUAAAUGUUUAUUUGAAAAAAUAAAUGACAAUUUUGAUUUUAUUAAUACUGAAAAUACGUCUCUUAAACGUGCAAUAUUAAGUGGUGAGUACAAACUAUGGUUAAACAGUAGCGGAUGUACUACAAAGGAAUAUAAUGAUAUAUCUUCGGUAAAUACUAACACAAAUUUGAAUACAAUAAUAAACAAUCCAAAUGUGCCUAGCAUUUUGAUUGGAAUAAAUAAUGAAAAAUCUAAAAUAGAACAUCAAAACAAAUUAAAUGGAAAUAAAAAUGAAAAAUAUUUUUGUCUUAAAACUGAUGGAAAUGUUGAAAAAAAUAACAUCAAACCUUUAAAAGAGCAAAAUAGAAAAAGAAACAUAAGCGUUGAUCAUGUUCACACUCGUCCAAAUACAUAUAAUAACAAUAGUAAUAACAAUAGUAAUAAUAAUAGUAAUAAUAAUAAUAAUAAUAAUAAUAAUAAUAAUGGUAUAAAAUUGGAAACUAAAAUUGUAAAACUAAAUACUGAAAAAUUUACAUCAAAUAAAAACUCACCAUUACUUAAGCGUUUUAAGGAUGACUCCUAUAAAAAUAAAAACAUCAAAUUGCUUCGAAAAUUAGAAGAUUAA